AUGUACAUCAUGGAUUCUGAUGACAUUGUACCAGAGCAUACCCAGGUUGAGGAGGAGGACUUUGAUGAGAAGUAUCCGAAUCGGCCUCAUAACAGCGCCCCAACACUCCCAUUCCAUGAUCUGUAUCUGAACCUUUUUGACCCUCUGAGUGGAAUCAAAAAAAAGCCAAAGGCUUCUGGCCUAGCCAGACGGAAAGCUGGACCACAUGGAAAGGGUGCAGAAAGCUUAAAUCCGUAUGAGCUCCGACGCGAUAUCAUCGCUCGUUUCAUUUCGCGAUGGCGCAAGCAAGUGGGGGACGACAUUUACCCUGCUUUCCGGUUGAUUCUACCAGACAAGGAUAGGGACCGACCCAUGUACGGCAUGAAGGAGAAGGUGAUUGGAAAGAUGCUCGUCAAAAUCAUGAAAAUCAACAAGGAAUCGGAGGAUGCUUCCAACCUGCUGAAUUGGAAGCUCCCUGGGGUAUCUGCAGCGCGAAUGGCGGGGGAUUUUGCUGGACGCUGCUACGAUGUCAUUUCGAAGCGACCGAUGCGAACCGAGCCGGGCGAUAUGACGAUUGAAGAAGUCAACAAAAAAUUGGACGAUCUCUCGGCUGCGUCCAAGGAGGACCAGCAGGUGCCUAUUUUGGCAGAGUUCUACCGGCGCAUGAACCCGGAUGAAUUGACAUGGCUCAUUCGAAUCAUUCUUCGUCAAAUGAAGGUUGGUGCUACGGAGCGUACGCUCUUCAACGUCUGGCACCCAGAUGCCGAGAACCUAUACAGUAUCUCCAGUAGCUUGCGCCGGGUCUGUUGGGAGCUACACGACCCGAACAUCCGACUUGAGGCAGAGGAUCGUGGUAUCGGACUGAUGCAGUGUUUCCAGCCUCAGUUGGCACAAUUCCAGAUGCAUUCGUUCGAGAAGAUGAUUUCGCGAAUGCGACCAACAGAGGAAGACCCCGUCUUCUGGAUUGAGGAGAAGAUGGACGGAGAGCGCAUGCAGCUUCACAUGGCCCCUGACGAAUCAAUCCCAGGCGGUCGCAGGUUCCGUUUCUGGUCUCGAAAAGCCAAGGAAUACACAUAUCUCUAUGGAUGUGGAAUAUAUGACGAGAAAGGAGCCUUGACAAGACAUCUCAAAAACGCCUUUGCGGAUGGUGUGCAGAGCCUCAUUCUUGAUGGAGAGAUGGUGACAUGGGAUCCAAAGCAAGACGCCCCUGUUCCAUUUGGUACAUUGAAGACGGCCGCUCUGGCAGAACAGCGCAAUCCCUUCUCCGAUGGUCCGAGGCCUUUAUUUCGUGUUUUUGACAUUCUCUAUCUCAACGGGGCCGAUCUGACCAGGUACACCCUUCGUGACCGUCGCAAUGCCCUGGAGAAAGUGGUCAUCCCCGUUCAUCGCCGUUUUGAGAUCCUGGAAUACCACGAAGCUACAACUGUAGCAGAUAUCGAGAAAUGUCUGCGAACAGUUGUGGCCGAGGCCUCGGAGGGUCUAGUAUUGAAGAACCCUCGCUCGCCUUACCGGUUGAACGAGCGUCACGAUGACUGGAUGAAAGUCAAGCCAGAAUACAUGACCGAGUUCGGUGAAUCCCUCGACCUAGUGGUCAUCGGCGGAUACUAUGGCUCCGGUCAUCGAGGAGGUAACCUAUCAAGCUUUUUGUGCGGUCUUCGCGUCGACGACCAGAAUGCUUCACAGGGCGCAGACCCAAUGAAGUGCUGGUCAUUCUGUAAAGUUGGCGGCGGCUUUACUGCCGCCGACUAUCAGGAAGUGCGUCACCAUACAGAUGGCAAGUGGAAUGAAUGGGACCCCAAGAAGCCCCCUACUAACCUCAUCGAACUUGCGGGCGGAGAUGCCCAGUAUGAAAGACCUGACAUGUGGAUCAAACCGUCAGACUCGAUCGUGCUUUGUGUCAAGGCAGCCUCCGUAUCUGUGAGUGAUCAGUUUCGCAUGGGAUUGACACUCCGCUUCCCACGCUUCAAGAAAUUGCGUAAAGACAAGAAUUGGAAGAGUGCCUUGUCAAUUCAGGAAUUUUUGGACCUCAAGUCGAACGCCGAACAGGAACACCGUGAAAAGGAGUUUUCGGUAGACAAUUCCCGCAAGCAGAAGCGUCCGAAGAGAGUUGUGAAGAAACCUCUGAAUAUUGCGGGAUAUGAUGAGAAAGAAAAUGCGCAAUACUUUGGACCUUCAGGUCAUAUAUUUGAUCAUCUCAACUUCUUUAUCAUGACAGAAUCGACCGUUCCGGAGAAGAAGACAAAAGCCGAGCUUGAACAACUUGUCAAGGCCAACGGUGGCAAGAUCUAUCAGACAAAUACUGCCGUCCAAGACACUAUUUGUAUCGCUGAUCGCAGAACUGUCAAAGUAGCAUCGGUACAGAAGAGCGGGCAGACUAACAUUGUUCGCGCAUCCUGGCUGAUUGACUGCGUCAAACAAAAUGAAAAAGAUGCCGGCCUGCCAGACCUACUGUUACCUUUCGAGCCAAGACACAUGUUUUUUACCUUGGAAGAUCAGGACGAAGACAUUAAGCUGAAUGUCGACCGAUUCAUGGACAGCUAUGCUCGCGACACGACGAUUGAUGAACUAAAAGAAAUCCUUGACCAAAUGCAGGAAACAGAGGAACAAAAACAAACACACAGACCUCUUGAUCCUCACUCAAUCCACAAGAUCGAGACUCAUGUUCAAGACAAGAUCAACUCAGGCUAUACCGCACCGUGUGGUUGGCUCUUCCGCGGUCUCACAUUUUUCUUCCCUUCGAGCAACCCUGUCAACGGCGAGGGAUGCAGUGAUUCAGAUUCAUCAAUCCCUAAGACGGAAGAUAUACGUCUGACUCUUGCACGCAAUACGGCACAGUUUGGAGGAGCCAGUACCGUUACUUCGUUGAAGAGUUCUAGUGUCACUCAUGUCAUUGUCAAUACGGAGAAGAUUACCUCGGCGGAGAUUAGCUCGUUGAGAAAGACUGUGGCUGCUGGUACACGGAAGAAGAUUCCUCGUCUUGUAGGUUUGGACUGGAUAGAAGAGAGUUGGAAGCAUGGAACCUUGUUGGAUGAAGAGCGAUUCCAGGUACCGCGAUGA